CGCUGUCCUUCACCCUCCGUACGCUUCGGCUUCCACUGUUUCUCUGAAAUUCGAAGCCCAGGCCCAUAGAUCACGCAAAACUCAUUAAUCGCUGCGCGCAGUCACCGCCGGAGUUUGUCGCUAGGGUUCCGGCGAUGGCCUCAGAGGACGUGAAAACCGGCGAGUCUGCAGUUUCGACUAUUGUGACCCUCGCUGAGGAGGCAAAGCACGCCAGUGAAGGGGUUAAGGCGCCGAGUCAUGCUUUUUACAGUAUCUGCAAGUCUCUUGUAGCCGGAGGAGUAGCCGGAGGAGUGUCACGUACAGCCGUUGCUCCUUUAGAAAGGUUAAAAAUUUUGCUGCAGGUUCAAAAUCCUCAUAGCAUUAGAUACAAUGGAACAAUUCAGGGUUUGAAAUAUAUCUGGAAAACUGAGGGUCUUAGAGGGAUGUUUAAAGGCAAUGGCACUAAUUGUGCUCGUAUUGUACCGAAUUCAGCAGUCAAGUUCUUCAGUUAUGAGCAAGCUUCAAAGGGCAUUUUAUGGCUUCAUCAGCAACAAACUGGAAAUGAAGAGGCUGAGCUUAAUCCUCUUUUACGCCUCGGAGCUGGUGCAUGUGCUGGAAUUAUUGCCAUGUCCGCAACUUAUCCAAUGGACAUGGUUCGAGGUCGGCUGACAGUCCAGACAGAGAAGUCUCCCCACCAAUAUAGAGGGAUCUUCCAUGCUCUUUCGACAGUCCUCCGUGAAGAAGGCCCUCGGGCAUUGUACAGAGGCUGGCUGCCUUCUGUCAUAGGAGUUGUGCCAUAUGUCGGUCUCAACUUUGCUGUCUAUGAAUCUCUAAAAGACUGGUUGGUUAAAACCAAACCAUUUGGACUAGCUGAGAACAAAGAAUUGAGUGUGACAACAAGGCUUGCAUGUGGGGCUGCUGCUGGAACUCUUGGCCAGACGGUUGCUUACCCUCUUGAUGUUAUCCGACGAAGAAUGCAGAUGGUGGGCUGGAAAGAUGCUGCUUCCAUUGUCACUGGUGAUGGUAAGAGCAGAGCACCCAUUGAAUAUCAUGGUAUGGUCGAUGCAUUCAGGAAAACAGUCAAGCAUGAGGGUUUUGGAGCAUUGUACAAAGGUUUAGUCCCCAACUCAGUCAAGGUGGUGCCAUCCAUAGCAAUUGCAUUUGUGACGUACGAGUUAGUGAAGGACAUUCUUGGUGUUGAGAUGAGGAUAUCUGACUGAAGUUUUACGAGUUCUUAUACUUGUUGGUAUACUGAUUGGCUGCCUCUGCAAAUUUUACCGCCAAACAAACUAGGCAUGGGAAGGUAAAUUGUCUGAGAUUUCUCUCCUGGCUGGGUAUAGUUUAGAAGUCUGCUUUAUCCGCUUGUUGAUAAUCCCGUGCAACUUGUAUCCUCCGGUCGCAACUCAUCUUAGUCUUUAGAUUAUUUAUCCUCAUAUGCUAUUCCAAUAAGUAGAUCAGAAAUAAUACUUCUGCAUUGUAAUAGGUUUAUUAAUCGAAUUUUUCAAUUCACCCAGUGUUAUAUGCGAUUACUGGCUUUUUAAAAUGAGUUUACGCUCUUCUUGGACAUUUGGUUUACUUAAUCCCACCUGUUCCCCCCUGUUUGCGCU